ACUUAAAUUUUUUUAUUCAUCUAUGUGUUGUUAGUGGUUUUAUGGAAAGUACAUCACAAAUGAAAGCAUCUCAUCUUUUGGUUGAUAAAUUCAGUUUAUAAGAAUCUCAGUCAAAAAUAGUAGAGCAAAAUAACUUAUAUUCCAGUUUCUUCAUUAAAAACAACUAAAACCAACAUAAUUUUAAAAAGACAAAGUACAAUGAGCAGAACAUACCAUGUGAAUAGAAAAUAUAACUAAAGCAUUAAGUGAGACAGAGGAACACUUAAUAAUCAUGGAGUAUAAUCCACAAUGAAAAUGUAAUUGCUGUGAAUCUUACUGUAGCAAGUAACAAACCAUCAAAACAAAAAUGGAGACAGCACAAAGGAAAAAGGUGUAAUAAAAGAGACUCAUAUCUUUUGACACAUGGCACAUAGGUAUGAAAAAGUCAGAUCAUCGAAGCUGUUAAUAAGAAAAAAACAUGUCAAACUCUGUACCACAAUUUAUUUCCGAGUACUCGUGAAACAUAAAAUUGUCCAAUUUCGUUCAAAACCAGAAUUGCAGCUUAUUUAAAAAUAGUAAUGAAAUAAUGUGUAAAGUUUUGCUAAAAGGAAAAUUCACUGCCUUAAGUAGUUAUUAUGAAAUAAGUGAAAGUAAAUCAGUUAAGCAUUCAACUGAAGAAGUGAGAAAAAAACUAUAAAGCAGUUAAGAAAUGAUGUAAUUUGUAAGAAUAUAGGCAGAAAAUAUUAAAUUGGAAAAAAGAAAAAUACCAACUGUUAAGUCCAAGAGUUAGUUCUUUGAAGAAAAAAAGAUUAAACAGUGGGAGAAAGCUUCUAUAGACAGAGUUAGCAGUCAGAUUGGGGAAUUACAACGGAUAGAAAGUUAAAACAAUUAUUAAAAUGUUCUUUGUUCAUCCCUGCAAAACAUUUUCAAAAUCCUGGAUGAUUAUAAAAAAACAAUAAGUAGCCUAAAUAAACCCCAGAGGAGAUAGAAAAAUAUAUACACGUGGGCUAAUUACAAUGGGAGAAAUUAAGAAAGUUGAGGAAGAAUGCCUCUGAAAGUUUCAUAGGUGGAAUUCUUUCAAAUCUUGCAGGGAAAUAUUUUUCUUUUUAAUUCCAAUUUAAUAUAAACUUUCCGGAUCGCUUAGAGAAGGAAACUUAAGAUUUUUUAAAAAGCCCAGUAUCAUACAAAUACAUCGUUUAAAGCACCAGAAAACUCUACAGUUACAUGGUAUAUCUAAGCAAAGCAAGGAUAGUUCAACAUUAGGUAGUCUUUUUUAACCAUUAGGGGGGAAAAGUCCUCAUCUCAGCAGAUACUGAAACAGAUACUGAAUAAAAUUCAACAUCUAUUAAUGGCUAAAAAACAAAAAUCUUUGGUAAAAGUAGAAAUAGCUGGGUACUUCCUAAUGAUAUAACACUUAGAAGCAUUCCUAUUAAAGGACAAGACAAGCAAUCCCACUGUCAAUUAUCACUGAUACUAUUACAUGGUCUGUAAAUGUGGGUCAGUGCAAUUAAGAGGGAAAAAAGAAGUGUAUAAAUUUUAGAAAAGCCUCCCCCACCCCAAUACUGUUAUACACCUAAGGAGGGAGGUGGAUAAAAUCAGUGGAAAUGAAAUAUAGAAAAAUUCGGUAAAGAACCCGGUUACUGAAUUAAUAUUAAAAAAAUCUAUCGCCGGACGAGGGGGGAGGGGGCGGGAAUGGGUAGCGCUUGAAAGUACGUGGGUAUGAGCGUGGGAAUGAGCGUGGAUACGCAUGCGCCGGGUGCCAGGGUGUCAAGAAGCGCAUGCGCUCGGUGCCAGGAUACCCAGAAUCCCCCGCAUCUAACGCCUCUAGUACUUCAACUGCCUGCGCGCGCAUACGCGCGCCCCCGCGGUUCUGCCUUCGCGCCUUUCUCGGGAGCUGGAGCUCAAGCCUUCGCCUGGAGCUUGCGCUCUUUCUCUCAGCCUCCUUUUCGCGAUUUUCCGGCACUCCCGCGCUGCCUAGUAGCGAAAGCCUCUUUCGAGCUCUCAGCUAUGGCUUCAAACAACAUUAUUUACAUCACCACGGAAAACUCGGAGGUGGCUACCGAGUUUGUGGAACUGCACCAGAAUGUCACGGUAGAGACUAUCCCCGUGGAGCCCAUGGCAAUGGAAACCAUUGCAUACGAAGAUAUCAGCGGCAAUUGGGUCCACGGUGGCCACCACACCCCGCCUCUGAUUGCGCUGCAGCCGCUCAUGAUUAACUCGAAUGAAGGGGACCACGACCAGGAAAUGAUUAUGGUGCAGACCCAGGAAGAAGUGGUGGGCUACUGCGAGUCAGACAGUCUACAAGAUAACUUUCAGGAGCAGCAGGUGGGGGUCCCAGUCGAAGAAGACGUCAGCUUCCAGCAGACUCUGGCUUCCCUGUCAGCCUCCUCGUCGUCAUCGACCAAGAAGCGCAAAAAGCCCAGCAGCACUAAGAAAAGCGCCACCAGCAAUGUUAAGAAAAGCGCCACCAGCAGCGGCAGCGGCUCUGAGGGAGGCGGUCGAAAGUGGGAGCAAAAGCAGGUGCAGGUCAAAACCCUAGAGGGUGAGUUCUCCGUCACCAUGUGGGCCCCAGUCAGUGAAAGAUACCAGGAGACUGAGGGACAGACUGUGGUGACCUCACCUCCUGAUUAUUCAGAGUACAUGACGGGAAAGAAACUUCCUCCUGAAGGAAUACCUGGCAUUGACCUAUCAGAUCCCAAACAGCUGGCAGAAUUUACUAAAACGAAGUCCAAAAAACCCAAAGAUGAUAUUCCAAGAACUGUAGCUUGCCUUCAGCCAGGCUGCGGAAAGAUGUUCCGGGAUACCGCUGCUAUGAGAAAGCAUCUGCACACCCACGGUCCUAGAGGCCACGUAUGUGCAGAAUGUGGCAAAGGUUUUGUUGAGAGCUCAAAAUUAAAACGGCAUCAAUUGGUGCAUUCUGGAGAGAAGCCCUUUCAGUGCACAUUUGAAGGCUGCGGAAAAUGCUUUUCCCUAGAUUUCAAUUUGCGUACACAUGUGCGAAUCCAUACAGGUGACAGGCCUUAUGCCUGCCCCUUUGAGGGUUGUGAUAAGAAGUUUGCUCAGUCAACUAACCUGAAAUCUCAUAUCCUAACCCAUGCUAAGAACAAAGAUAGCCAGUGAAAAGGAGAAAAGACCCUUUUUUGAUUCCUACAUAUCAAAGGGUCAUGUUUUGACAGAUUAGUUAAAGGAAAAAAGAGGUUAAAAAAAGUUUUAAAAAGGUUAAAAAUAUAUAUAAGAUUACACUGUUAAGAUGUCAUGUUUUGAUAGAGUAGUAAAAGUAAAAGGUAAAAAAUUAAAAGUGAAAAAAGGUUGAAAUAUAUAUGGUUACAUUACGAUGCUUUAUUUUGUUCUGUAAUAUCAUUUGAAAACAUGUUUUUGUAAAGUUUGAUCCCAACAGGAUAAUUCAUCAAAAGACUUUUUAUACAACUGUGCUAAAAAUGGGACUUUUCAUAUUCAAGUUUACCUUUUUACAAAUUUUAAAAGUUCUGUAUUUUCCAAAUGUUCAUGUUUAUGCUUUUAAGAAUAUGUUUAAUAAUUCUAUGUGUGGUUUUUUUGGAGGUUGAUAACUUUGCUCACUGUAGAUUUUGUUUAAGAAAAUGAACAGUCACAUGCAUACGUAUUUUCCUGUUUAAAAAAGGGUUAUAUAGGUUUUGUUUGCUAUCUUAAAAUUUUGGUUGUGUUCUUUUAUAGUAACACAUUGUGUAUAACUAUUUUAGCUGCAUUGAAUGAUGUAUAUGUAAUAUUGAAUAUUAGAUGUGAUUAGUAAUAUUAGUCAAUUUAAACCUAUUUUAGUCAAUUUAAACCUAUUUUAGUCAAUUUAAACCUAUUUUAGUCAUUUAAUUUUUCUCUAAUACUGCCAAGUAGUGUUACUUAGUGUAAUUUCUUUGUCUCUUCAGUUAGAAAGUGAUGCUCAAUUGUAGUUGUAUUGUUUAUAUAAUGACUUUUUUUAACACUUGAUAUGUACACCUUCUGUAAUUGUAUUAGAAAAGGCAAAAGUGAAACACCUGUUUUAAAGAAAGAAAAAGACUUGCCUAUAUAAAUACCAUAGCUAGAAAAUAGGGAGGAUGCUACUGGCAUCCAGGGAGUAGAAGCCAAGGAUGCUGCUAAACAUCCUACAAUGCAUAAGGAAUUAUCUACCCCAAAAUGCCACAAUAGUAAGAAACCCUGCUUUAGAGAAAGUAAAAGUUGUAAUGGAUUUCUUUGAUGUACUUAUAAACAUUAAUGUACAAGACGUUGUUUAAAUAAAGAAAAUAUGUUUUCAAC